CACCAACAUUUAUAGAUAAGUUACAGGAGAAUGACGGCCGAGCAUGGCCCGUCUGUGGCGAUCGUGUAUUUCUCUGAAACCGGCACCGCGCAAUCGCUAGCCGAGAACCUAUGCAAACGCGUCCUGCGCCUGCGGUUCCGCGCCUCUGUCCUCGACGCCGACGACGUCGAGCGCGUGUAUAGGCUCUUACUCACGCCCCGUCCUGCCGCCGCCGCUGAUGAUGACACUGACUCUGUCCCGAUUGUGAUCUUUGUCUGCUCAACCACCGGCAACGGCGAAGUCCCCCGCCACGCGCGCCGUCUCUGGCGCGCCCUGCUGCGGCGGAAACUAACCAGCGCCGCCUGCGCGGGCAUUCAAUUCACCACCUUUGGCCUCGGCGACUCUGCCUACGCGCGGUUCAACUGGACGGCGAAGAAGCUGCACAAGCGGAUGUUGCAGUUAGGCGCGUCUGAGUUUUGCACGCGCGCCGAGGGCGACGAGGCCGCGACGGGGGGGAUUGAGGCGGCGUAUUCGGCGUGGGCGAGUAGUUUUUGUGAGGAGUUGAGUAGGAGGUUUCCGUUGGCGGGCGGGAGUGUGCCGAUUCCGGAGGACGUGGUGUUGUCUCCUCUUAUGCCGGUGUCUGUUUUGGAUGACGAGGUGGCUGUUGUGGAUGAAUAUUCUAUUCUUCAAUCGCGAACGACAGCGGCUUCAAGAGUCGGUACCGUGACGUGCAAUCAACGCAUAACGCCCUCGACCCAUUUCCAAGACACGCGCAUCUUCAAACUAUCCCCAGACCCAACCCACACCUUCCCCGCACUCACUCCAGGCGCAACCCUCUUAAUCUACUCCCGAAACAACGACGCCGACGUCUCAUCCCUGAUCGAGUCCCAGAACUGGACACCCGUGGCCGACAAGCACCUUUCGGUCCCGCCCGCGGUCCGCAAAUGGGCUACCACGACGCCGCUCACGCUCCGCAGCUUACUCACGUACCACCUCGACAUCACGGCCGUCCCGCGCGCGACGUUCUUCGACACCCUCAGCUUCUUCUCGCGCGGAAACGAGCAGCAGCGGAUAAAGCUGAAAGAGUUUGGCGACGCGGGAAACGAGGAGUUCACACAGGACAGAUAUGACUACGCCGAUCGGCCGCGGCGGUCGGCGCUCGAAUGCUUGACGGAGUUUGAUUCGGUUAAAGUACCGGUUGAAUACGUCCUCGACGUGUUCAGCCAGCUACGCCCUCGGCAAUACUCUAUCGCAGGCUGGACACCCUCCUCCUCUUCCUCUCCCGAGAUCGAACUCCUGAUUGCGAUAGUAAGAUACCAAACCGUACUCCGACGCGUCCGAAAAGGCGUGUGCUCGACAUACAUAGCAGACCUCUCUCCCGGCGCCAGUUUUCUGUACGAGAUCAGCGCGCCGCAAACUACGCCGCCGCCGGCGGAUAAGCCUGUGGUUUUAGUCGGGCCGGGGACGGGCGGGGAGAUAGAGGGCGCGGGUGGAAGUGCAGAGUCGGUGCUCGUGUUUGGGAAUCGGUCGCGGGCGGCGGAUUUCUACUACCUCGAAGACUGGCACACUGCCAUCUCUCCCGCCGAGGAAGUAGACGACGCCGGCAUCGUCACGAUCUCAAGCAGCAACGGCACCAGCAGCAGUCCAGCUACGGUCUACGCCUGCUUCUCGCGCGACGGGAAUAAGCUGCGGUACGUACAAAACGUACUCUCGCGCCCGGCCAUCGCUGCGCAUGUCGCAGACAUGCUUGUGAACCGCGGCGGCUACGUCUGGGUGUGCGGGAGUAAAGGCAAGAUGCCGCGGGCGGUGCGGACGGCGCUGGUGGAGGCGCUGGAUGGGGCGACGGGUGGGAAUGGCGAGGGGUUUGUUGCGGAAUUGGAUCGGAGUGGGCGGUAUUUGGAGGAGACGUGGUGAUGGGUUAUGAAGAUUGUAUAUAUACAGAUGUUGGAGAACCUAGAGAAAGAACAAACGCCGACGUGGAAUAUCAUCACAGCACAUCCAGAUACCAUACACGUAAAACAAAUACACGUAGAAAGCAACGAGAAAGCAAAAAUCACUUCUUAAGCCACACCUUCCCGCGACACCGCUCCGCCCCGCAAAAACACUCCUGCAACUGCAACGCCGACCGCGAGACCCCCU